AUGGACACGAUACUGGAGGUGAGCGACCCUCUCUAUCCACCCCCACACCCGGCGUCCCGACUCAGCCGCCCGACCCAGAUGCGUCGAGUCCCCACGCGCGACAAAAGCUCCGCGGACGAUGCCACGAUCGACGAGAUCGUCGCGUGGCUCUCCGACGGCGGCGGUGUUCACGCGCGCGGCGGCGGCGGCGCCCCACCGGGGGCGGUCGCCGCCGCGGGGCUCAACACGCGCGGUCAACUCGCGCACGCGUUGCUCGAGACGGUGAGGCGCGAGUGCGAGCCGGCGCUGCGCCUUCGAGCGGCGGAGGCGCAGGCGGCGGCGGCGGCGGCAUCCGCGGCGGCGGCGAGCGCGCGGCACGCCCCGCCGGCGUCGGCGUCCAAGAUCCCGCCGCAGCCGACGCCGCAGCCGCCGCCCGGGUUCGAGGGCGCGCGGGGGCCGGGCGGCCAUCGCGCGAGGGGAUGGGGCUCCGCGGCGCCCAAGACCGGGAGCAGGCUGCCGGGGAUAGACAUCGACGACGCGACCGAGUUCCCAUCGCUGGGUAUCCCCGCGGGCGCCGGGCGCGGCGCCGAGAGCAGCGCCACGCCCGGCGGCGCCGGCGGCGGCAGGGGGUGGGGCGGGGAUGGCCCGCGACGGCGACUGGAAAACGAGCUCGGGCCACCGUCGCCGGCUGCGUCGCCGCCGACGCCGACGCCGACGCCGAACGACGACGACGACGCUCGCCCCGCGUCCGCGCUCGAGCCAAAACCUCGAAAGCCACCCAAGCGCGUCGCCCCCGUGGCGAUGAACCCGACGAAUCCCUCGAUUGGCGGGACGAGCCAACCGACGAAACGCAUACAGCCCACGGCGAUGGCGUCGUCGGAAGUUUGCGGAGCCCGGGCGGGACAAUCGCAAUCGCUCACCGGGCUGGAGUCGCCGGUGAGGCCAUCCGCGAACGCACCGAAGCUGUCGUCCCCCGGGCCCCUCACGCCGCCGCCGCUGCGCAGGGACUCGCCCGUGUCCAACCGGCUCGCGACGGCUGCGUCGUCGUCGUCCCUCCCGACUAGUUUUUCGCCGAUGAACGACGGCUUAGGCUCGGGCUUCGGCGGCGGCGGCUUCGACGAGUUCGGCGCCGCGAGCGACGAGAACGACACGGACGAGGAGGACGAGGAGGACGAGGAGGAUAGCGACGGAGGGUCGUCGUCGUCGCUCUCCGGACCCUCUCCGGAGGCUCACCGGAGGAUUGCGAGAAACGCGGCGCGGCUGCACGCGGCGGCGCUCGGCGGCGCGGCGGUGCCGGACGUCUCCCGCGCGCUGGCGCUCCCGUGUCGACUCCUCGCGCUCCCGAGAUCGUUCCGCGUCGCCGUUGUCACGUCGGAUGUCACGUCGGAUGCCACGUCGGAUGCCACGUCGGAGAUUAUCGGACGACGAACGAAUCCAUCGGAGAUUUCGAAGGCGUCUUCUGUCCGAGGCUGGAUGAGGACCGGCGCCGCCGCGCGCGCGUACGCCGCGGCGGUGCUCCAGGGAUGCGGUCGGUGCGUCCACGCCAUGGGCGAACCGACCCUCGCCGCGCUCGCCGGGUGCCGCGACUUGCGGAGGCUCGCGCCGAGGCUGCACUCGAGUUUGGUGCGCGAGCUGGGUUUGUGCCGGUUGGCGACGCGGCGGGCGGCGCAGGCGGCUUAUGGGUCAGCGGCGCGCGGCGCGUCCGAAUCUUCCGGAACGCGCGGUUCGAUCGGCGUGAUGCUCCCGGCGCCGCUGAUGGCGGCGGCGGGGCCGCUUCCGCCGCUCAAAGGGGGUGGCGGCGCCGUCGGCGGCGGAGCCGGCUUUGGCGGAGCGGUAAACACGCAGGCGGCGUAUAGGAACAGGGAGAAGGCUCGAGACGCGCUGUACGCGCAGAUCCGAGAGAUCGCGGGUUCGAACCCGGGCGGGGCCGGGGCUGGUCAUGCGGGUUCUUCCGGGGGUUCGCCAGGGAUCGGAUCGCUCGGCGAGAGGGUGCGGGGUUUGUUGUCCAUCGUCAGGGUCGAAAACACUCGUUGGUUCGCGGAGCUGAUGGUGUCGAGGCUGGUCCAGGCGGCGGCGGCGGGAGAGGCUGACGAGGAGCUCGCGGCGGCGGUGGCGCCUGCGAGGCUGUCGAGGCUGCACAGGCGCCUCACCGGAGAGACCGGCGGGGGCGACUCCAGGGCCAACGCCGGCGGUAGGGGCGGCGGUAGGGGCGGAGCCGGCGGUAGGGGCGGAGGAGGCGGGCGCGGCGGCGGGCGCGGCGGAGGCGGGCGAGGCGCGGGAAGGGGCGGUUUUAGCGGCGGUGUCGACGACGACUCCGGCCCUACCUCCGCCCCCUCGUUCGCGUCCCUGUUCCCCCCCGCGCAGAGGCCCUACGUCCGCCUCAUCGAGGCUGCGGACUCGCACAGGCUGGCGUCGGCGCUGGUACGAGCGCUGGUCGCCGCGCUGCACGCGCUGGACCGACACGCGACGCCCCCGGAAAAAUGUAUCCGGAGACUACCGGAAGGAGGAACCAUGGACGACGACGACGACGACGCCGACCGCGGCGUCGGACGAAACGACGUCGACCCUCCCACACUGUCGCCCGGCGGGGUGAUACCCACGGACGUGGCGCCCGGUUCGACCGGGGCGCGCGGCGGCGCGUCGUCGGGGGGCUACGGGGGCUACGGCGGCUACGGCGGCUUGACCGAGCGGAUGCUCGCCGCGAAGGCGGUCGCGGGCGUCCUCGGCGUCCUCGCCUUUGGCAGCGGCGCGUCGGGCCCGGGCGUCGCGAACGAGCGCUCGCUCGCUCCGCCGCCGGGCGUCGACCUCGCCGGCGCGCUUCGCCGCGCGACGAGAGCCGGCGAGCUCUGCGUCACCGUCCCGUGGACGCUCGCGUUUUUGAGAUUUCUGCCGUGGGACGCGGAGGCGGCGACGGCGAGGGUGUACCUCGAGCCCAUCGCGACCCUGAGGCGCAUGCUCCGUUCGCCGAGGCUCGAUCCUUCCUUCCGCGGACGUGCGCGUUCGUUUGAAUCAAACGCCGCGGGGGAGGACGCCGACGACGAUACGGCUGGCGCAGAAAAAGGCGGUUUCUUUUUCUCGACGCCGCAGAUGGCGCUGAGGGCGACGCUCGCGACGGGUCUCUCCGCGUCCGCGCCCACGACCCCGGCGGCGUGCGUCGCCUUCGCGAGGGACGUCGCACUCGCGGCGGGCGCCAAGAGCGCGCCGCCUCCGCCGCCUCCGCCGGCGUCGCUCGCGUCGCUGCCCGCGACGGAGUGGAGGCUCGGGCUCGGCCCGGCGCGCGUCCCCGGCGGAGAAGAGGAGGAUCCGCCCGACGACGAGGACCCGCUUCGCGAUUGGGGCGCGGGGGCCACCGCGGGUGGGGGGACUACCAUCAUGGACGCGUUCGACGAGUCAUCGUUCGACGAGAUCCCUCCGGAUCUCAGCCGCGGGGGCGUCGACAGUCGGUACGUGGAGAGCGCGUGCCCGGAGCUGGACGCGGCGACGCGCGAGUUGGCGACGCAGCUGGCAUCCGCGAGACGAGCGAGGGUGAGAGCGACGCGGUCGAAGGACGCGGGCACCCUCGGAGGCGUCCCCUCGGGUGGUGCGCCGGCGACUCCCGCGGUGGCGCCCCUUCUGGAUCCUUCCAGAGCCUUCCAGACCCCCGGCGAGGGCGACGACGACGACAACCGCGGCGACGUCCCCGCUCCGCCGUCGCCGUCGCCGUCGCCGUCCGCCCCCGUCCAUCCCCGCCGAGUCACCGCGGUUCGCACCGACGCGGCUCGCACUGAAGGUCCCUCCUCGAGCUCGAAGGGUGUGCCCCCGACCGCGCGCACCCCCGCGCGCACCGGGGCUCCCCCUCCUCCCCAUCGCCCCGUCUCCUCGACGCCCGUUCAAACGACGACGCCCGUUCAAACGGCUGACCGGGAGACGAACCGUCAGCGGAACGCGCGAAAUGAGACGCUUCGCGUCGACCAGGCGCUGCAACGCGCGUUCCUGCAGCACCGACCCGCGCUGCACCGCGUGGUCGACUUCGCCGUCGACGCCGCCGUGCUCGCCGCCACCGACGCCGCGUCCUCUCUCGCGGUCCGACGGUUGACCUCGGUCGGUCCAACGGUGGACGCGGUGGCGAAGGCGGCGAAGGCGGCGGCUGACGCGGCGCCGACCGGCGCAUCCCCCGAGGACGCGUGGACCCCCGCGUUCGAGCACGCCGUCGAGAGGGCCGCGAUGGCGGCGGCGCGGGACGCGCUGCCGGGCGCCAUCGCCGCCGCGAGCGCGGAGGCGUCGGAGCGAGCCGCGGCGGCGGUGGUCGCGCUCACCGCGCCAUCCGUGCCAUCCGGUGACGCGUCGAAGGUGCUCACGAGGGGUGACGAGGUCGUCGUUCGCCCAACAGAGGGUAGUUCGCCCGGGAGUAGUUUGGGUUCGUCCCGCCGAUCGUCGCCGUCGACGGUUCUCCCGAGAUCUGAGAGUACGGAAACUACUCCGUUUGAUCGAGCCUCGGCGCACUCGCUCGCCGCGGCGCGCGCCGCGGCUGACGCAGCGACUGCCGCGGCCGCGGACAGGGUUCGUCGCACGCUGCCGUUCGAGCUCCACGCGCGGAUACAGAGCGAGGCGAGAGCCGCGCUGCGAACCGCGCUCGCCGCGGUCAAGGCGGAGGCUAGGGUUCGAGCCGCAGACGGAUCAACCGACGAUGGAUCGACCGCGGCGUCGACGCCGACGGAUGGGACGCGUGUUCACGUGGGGAUGGGGACGAUAGCAUCCUCGGAUGGGCGUCGUCUGUUCGAGACGUGCGACUCGCUGAGAACGGCGGCGGAGGCUGGGGCGACCGCCUCCGAGCUCGCGGGAAAAACGAGGGCGACGGCGGCGGAGAUUCGCGCGGCGCUCGCCGAGGACGGUUACCCUCAUUGUUCGGACGUCUCCGGGGAUGGAAUUGAACCGCGUGAUCACGCGUGCGUCGACGCCGCGCGGGCGCUCGCGAGUUUACUGUUUGCGUACCCGCCCAGAGACGCGCCCAAACGGGGGGCUGGAGACGACGGUUCGUAUCCGGGAACGCGCCCGUUCGAAGAAGCCCGUCGUUCGCGUCUGGCGAGCAGGGACGACGCGUGGGCCGCCGCGUCCGCCGCCGUCGCCGCCGCGUGGCGCGUCUCGAUCGACGACGACGGUGAGUCACCGCCCGGUGAGUCACCGCCCGACGGUUCAUCUUCCGAAGACGAAGCGUCGCCGCCCGGUGAGUCACCACCCGAUCUAGCGUCGGCAAUCGCGGGCGCGUUCUUGGACCCGGACUCGUGGCUCCCGCGCAUCGCCGGCGUUAACGCCGGGUCGCCCUUCGCGCAGCGUCGAGCCGAGUGCGCGGCUGUCGCGACGCUGACGUCGGUUCCGUCGAGUGCUGCAUGGCGCCGCGCGGUGCGAACAAAGUUCCUCGCCCUCGUCGACGCCGCGAGCGCCGCGGGUUCCGGCGUCGGGUGCGUGGGCGUCGCGCUGUUGCUCAGAGCCGGCGCGGGUGUGGUGGAGGCGUUCGCGGGGGACGCAAAGGCGAGGGACGGGGACGUUGGGGUGGCGGAGGAUGCAAAGGCUUUUGGGGUUAGCCUCAUGGACCGAUGCGACGACGCGGGGGAGAGACGGACGCGUCGCAGGGUGGAGCGCGCGCUGCGCGGAACGUAG